UUAAUCCUUAUUCAGGGUCAGAUAGUCAUACUAGAAGAUGGUUCAUCCGUAUAUCCCAGCCAGGUACUUCUUUCACCAAUUCGUGGCAGGCGAAUCGGUAUAAUGGGAGAUUCGUUUGAUUCAUCUAGUCUAUGCGACCUGAUGAGGGAGCUACAAGCCAAAGGGUAUCUCUUCACACCAGAUCACGUUUCUGUCGAUUGUUGCACUUUAGAUUUCCCUCCGCAACUCGACGUGUUGGUUCACGAGGCCACUUUGGAAGAUGCUAUGAGGGAGGAGGCUCUGUCAAAAGGACAUUCAACCCCCACAAUGGCGACUAAGCUGGCUGCGUCUCUUCGUGUAAAACUUCUUAUUUUGACGCAUUUCAGCCAGAGAUACCAGCCGAUUGACCACCCAAAUCCACCCGAUUCAGAUUCAGACGAUUCCAAACCAUCUGCCAAGAAACGUGACAAAAAAGACCGCCCAAGCGUGCAAUUGCUUUUGGAUGAGGCCAAAUCGAACGACGAAUUCAAGGGCCUGGUUCUGCUAGCAGAUGAUCAUGCAAUCAUUCCGAUUCCACUUAUCUACAACGAAGAAAUCGAAUGA